CGUCAAAAUACUGCUCUCUUCCGGUUUAAACAUGUGGAAUGGCUGGUUGAACUAAUCACGCAUUACAAAACAGAAACUUUUAUAAAAUUAGGUGGAAACGGAUUUGCCAUCAUGGGCAAGUUAAACGUCGUUAUCCUGAGGUAUCUGUCCAGAGAUGACUUUAGAGUCCUCACAGCGGUGGAAAUGGGCAUGAAGAAUCACGAAAUUGUCCCAGUGAGUCUUAUUGCGUCCAUUGCCAGUCUCAAACAUGGAGGAUGCAACAAGGUUUUGCGGGAGCUGGUCAAACACAAACUGCUGGCCUAUGAACGCAGCAAAACUGUGCAGGGGUAUCGGCUAAACUACGGUGGCUAUGAUUACCUGGCAUUGAAGACACUUUCAUCCAGGGAUGUUAUUGUGUCUGUUGGAAACCAGAUGGGAGUCGGCAAAGAGUCAGACAUUUACAUUGUUGCAAAUGCAGAGGGGGAGCAGUUUGCUCUGAAACUUCACAGACUGGGUAGGACAUCCUUCAGAAACUUGAAGAAUAAGAGAGAUUACCACAAGCACAGACACAAGAUCUCAUGGCUGUACCUGUCCCGGCUCUCUGCCAUGAAAGAGUAUGCAUAUAUGAAGGCAUUAUAUGAUCGAGGGUUUCCUGUUCCAAAGCCAGUGGACUACAACAGACAUGCAGUGGUUAUGGAGCUCAUUAAUGGUUACCCGCUGUGUCAGAUUCGAGAGAUUCAAGACCCUGCUUCACUAUACAGUGAAAUCAUGGAGCUAAUAGUCAAACUUGCCAAUCAUGGCCUGAUCCACGGAGACUUCAAUGAAUUUAACCUCAUGCUCGAUGACAACGACCACGUCACAAUGAUUGACUUCCCUCAGAUGGUCUCCACCUCACAUUUAAAUGCAGAAUGGUACUUCGAUCGAGACGUCAAGUGUGUUCGAGAUUUCUUCAUCAGGAGAUUCAACUACGAAAGUGAACUCUAUCCAACAUUCAAAGAUAUCAGAAGAGCAUGUUCGCUCGAUGUGGAGAUCUCAGCUAGUGGCUACACCAAGGAGCUGCAGCAGGAUGACAGUUUGCUCCACCCUGAAGGUCCAGAGGGUGAGGAACUCGGUGAAGAUGAAGAUGAUGACAUCUCCGAGUCAGCCGAUGACACACAACAGGCAUCCUCAGAGGACGUUAUCAGCAUGGAGGAGUAUAAACAUGCCAUGCUUGAGCUGGAAGGGCUACAAAUUAGCAAGGAGACUCCAUCAGAAGAGAACGACACAGAGGAACACGAAGGAGCUCGAUGUCAAGAGGACAUCCCCACAGAGGACAUUCAGAAAGAAACUGUUUCUGACAUUUCCAAAGACUUGGGAAGGGAUGAGGAGGAUGAGGUGGAGGAUGAAUGUCCUGAUUUGGUUGACCUGUCUGCAUGCAACAAAGAAUUCAGGCCUUUCAGAGACCAGCUGAGCCUUGAGAACGAGCACAGAACUAGAACAACCAGUGAAAUGAGCAUUGGAAGUGUUGGCAGUUGUUCAACAAUCCCACCAGAAGUCAUCAGGCAGAAAGUGAAGAGACAGCUCACCAAACAGCAGAAGGCUGCUCAGAGAAGACGUCUGCAGAAGGGUGAGGCCAACCUGGUGACCAAGGAGAGGAGAGAGAAUCAGAACAACAUUAAGGGCAGUUUGGAUGCGGCUUCCUUCUGGGGCUGAGGAUGGAAGAUAUGACCUCAGGACUUAUAACAGUUUUCAGUGUCAUUUGUGUAUGAAAUUCAUUAAUAAAACAUCUACAUCUGGAAGCUGUUGUGGUUAGCCUUAUUUAUGCUUUAAAUAUAUACCGCAUAGAGGUUUGACCUGGUUUUAUUUCAAUGGAGAAUUGUAGUUAAUUGCAUUCAACUUUAUUAUCACUCUCAACUAAUCAAAUCAAAUAUAAACAUCUCAUUAUCUGUCCUUUGCAAACAUGUAGCAUGGGGUUGUUAUUGAAAACAAAAUAAAUUUUAUCGCCUUUAAACUGUUAAAGAAGAUUUCCGAAUCUGUCGUUUUAUUGUAUUUGUUUUGCAGCAACUACUGAUACUGUAACAAAAUUGUAGAAACGAAAAAACAAAACUACGGCUAGCGCUGAAAUUUAGUAUCAAUUUUCGUAACGUGUCUUUCGCGUUUUGUCCCUUCCCGCUCACCAUUGGAAGGACACGUGGUCCCUGUAUUGCAAUAUCGUCCAGGAACAAAACAAACCAAGAGUUGACAGCUUCGCUAAAUCUUUAUGGCUGACUGACAGCUGCCGUUUAUAAGAGUAAUAUCGCUUAGGACUUGAGUGUUGCAGGGUCCUGUAGAGGAAUGAAGUAAUUUUAUAACGAUCAUGUGGAUACCUAUGUGGAGAUGGAGGCUGUAAGACCCAAAAAAUCAAAGCCCAAAUCCAGUGGGAAGCCACAGGU